UUCAGGCAACAUUUGCUUUGCGAUCAGAGACCUCUCAAUUCAGUUCAGCCAUGAAAAUUUCAGACUCUUUGACUUGAAAGUUAUUACUUUCUCAUCCGAAAACUCGAGCUUAAGCUUCCUCAGCUAUGGCUUCAAAGUCAACAUCAACGUCUCCGUCAUCCUCAUUGGCUUUCUACACGAGCUUUCUGGUACUGACCUUGCUCGUCUUAGUAUCCGAAUCGAAGCCUAAACCUUUCAAGAGAGAUCAGGGACACUCGCAGUGGCACCACAGCGCCUUUCAUGACGUUCGAGACAGCGUCCGAUCCGAUGUUCGUCGUAUGUUGCAUUCUCGAGCUGAGGUUCCUUUCCAGGUUCCUCUCGAAGUUAAUGUAGUGCUUGUAGGUUUCAAUGGAGAUGGGGGUUACAGAUACCCUUUAGAUUCACAUAAAUUGGAAGAGUUUUUAAGGGUUAGCUUCCCAUCACACAGGCCCUCUUGUUUCGAAACCGGCGAACCUCUUGAUGUUGAGCACCAUAUCGUCUUCAAUGCAUUCCCUGCUGGGCAGCUAGAGUUGCUAGCUCUUGAGAAGGCAAUGAAAGAGAACAUGGUUUCAGUAGGAACUGCAAGAGAGGCUGGUUUCGGGAAGGAGGUUCCUUUGUUUGAGGUGGAGGCAACAACGGUGGAGUCAGUAUUUCAGAGUUUAUAUUCGUACACAUUCGAUUUGGAUGAUGUGGCCUCUUCUUCACCAGAAGAGAUGGAUAAACCUAUGCCUAAUGCAAUUUUUAUUGUCAAUUUCGAUAAGGUAAGGAUGGAUCCUAGGAACAACACUGAUUAUGACAGCUUAAUGAGCGGGAAAAUUCCCCAGCUAACUGAGGAAGAAAUGAAAGGACAAGAGGGAGGCUACAUGUAUCGUUACCGAUAUAAUGGAGGUGGAGCAACUCAACUAUGGCUAGGCUCUGGCAGAUUUGUUGUGAUCGACCUCUCAGCAGGCCCUUGUACAUAUGGAAAGAUUGAAACUGAAGAGGGUAGUGUCAGUCCUCGGACACUGCCUCGUUUACAGAAUCUGAUGGUUCCACUGGGUUUGACUAUGCCUUUGCUUACUGAUCAUGUUACUCAUGAUAUCUUCAUUGGCCAGCUUGCCUCUUUGAUAUCUACCACAGUGGAGCAUGUUAUUGCUCCAGAUGUUAGAUUUGAAACUGUUGAUCUUGCGACAAGAUUACUUGUACCAAUAAUUGUCCUACAAAAUCAUAAUAGAUACAAUAUUAUGGAUAAAGGCCACAACUACAGUAUAAAUCUAGAAGAGAUUGAGGCAGAGUUGAAGAAGAUGGUUCAUGAUUCACAACAAGUUGUACUUAUUGGGGGUUCACAUGCAUUACAUCGCCAUGAGAAGCUGGCUAUUGCUGUUUCAAAAGCUAUGCGAGGUCAUUCCCUCCAAGAAACUAAGAAUGAUGGUCGUUUCCAUGUCCAUACCAAAACCUACCUGGAUGGUGCUCUUCUUAAAGAGGAAAUGGAACGCUCUGCUGAUGUUCUUGCUGCGGGUUUGCUAGAGAUGUCGGACCCAUCCCUUUCAAAUGAAUACUUUCUUCGUCAGAAUUGGAUGGAUGAUGUUGAUGGAAUUAGUGACUCCAUACUGAAGCAUAAGCCUCUUUGGGCUACAUAUGACUCUAAGCGUGGAAAGAAGAAAACAAAACCAGUCAAUAAAGAGGGAGGAUUAUAUCGAACUUAUGGAACCAGAGUAAUUCCUGUCUUUGUGCUGUCAUUGGCUGGCGUGGAUGCAAAUCUUAUGAUGGAAGAUGAGAGUUUUGUUUGGACUAGCAAGGAUGUUGUCAUUGUACUUGAGCAUCAAAACGAAAAAAUACCUUUAAGUUAUGUUUCAGAAACACAGAGAAGGUAUGCCAAUCCAUCACAGGCACAACGCCAUAUAUUGGCAGGAUUAGCUUCCACUUUGGGGAGUUUAAGUGCACCAUAUGAGAAGGCUUCUCAUGUGCAUGAAAGACCGGUUGUAAAUUGGCUCUGGGCAACUGGUUGCCAUCCAUUUGGACCAUUCUCUAAUACAUCUCAAAUCAGUCAAAUGCUGCAAGAUGUUGCAUUGAGGAACACAAUAUAUGCACAAGUAGAUUCUGCAUUACGCAAAAUUCGUGAGACAUCAGAGGUUUUACAAACUUUCGCAGCAGAGCGUCUGAAAACCCCACUUGGGGAACCAGUUAAAGGAAAGAAGAACAAAACAACUACCGAACUCUGGUUGGAGAAGUUCUACAAAAAGACGACUAACUUGCCUGAGCCUUUUCCCCAUGAAUUAGUUGAUCGGUUAGAGAAAUACUUAGAUAAUCUUGAGGAGCAGCUAGUAGAUUUGUCUUCACUGUUGUAUGAUCACCGCUUACAAGACGCACGAGCAAACAGUUCAGAAAUUUUCCAGAGUACCUUAUUUACACAGCAGUAUGUAGAUCAUGUAUUGGCGAACGAGAGAGAAAACAUGAAAUGUUGUGAGAUAGAGUACAAAUACCCAGCGCAGUCUUCUCAGGCUUACAUUUACGGAGGGAUUCUUAUAGCAGGAUUUGUGGUAUAUUUUGUUGUCAUUUUCUUUUCGUCUCCUGUGCGCUGACGUUAACAGAAUACUAAUCUGAUAAUACCAACUUUGGAGGUGCUAGAUAGAAAUGCCUCUUUUAGUCUCGAAUCAUAGGUGGAAGAAAUGUGCAACACAAUUUUUUUUCACAACAUGCUCUCAACUCAUUGAGAGAGAGAGAGAGAGAGAGCAACAAUGUCGACAUGUUUAGAUUCUAUAAAUUGUGUACUUUUUCUUCUU